AUGAGACCCUUCGCUUUCCUUGUCGCUGCCCUUACUGUCGCACCCGGCGUUCUCGCCGUCGACCAGAUGAAGUCCGUUAUCAUCUGGACCGACAAGACAUCCAUUACGGACGCCAUGAUUGACAGCGCCAAGCAAGCCAUUCUGGACGCCGGCGGACAGAUCACUCAUACCUACUCCAUGACCGAACUCUUCAGGGGCUUUGCUGCCGUCACACCCGUCAAGGUUCUUGAGUCUGUCAAGGCUUUGGGUGGUGAGGGAAUGAACGUCGACGAAGACCAGAUCGUCAGCGGCUAA